UGACUUUAAUCUCAGAAUUCUGACUUUAAUCUCAGAAUUCUGACUUUUAUCUCAGAAGUAUUGGUACCUGUAAUGGACCAAUGAGAGGGAGUAACUUUGCGUGCUGUAGCCGCCGGAGAACCAUCCAUACACGCUGAACAUGUCGGAUUUAAGUGAGUUUUUGCGUAGUCGAGGGGUCCCAGAUGAAGCAAUUACAUUACUGGAAGAACAAAAGAUUGACAGCGACGUCAUCAUGCUCAUGGAUGAUGCAAAGCUGGCAAAUUACAUCCCCUCCUAUGGAGACCGAAUCGCCCUCUUCAAUUACUGCAAAAGUAAAAAGCCCAUCUCAAAGCGAAAACAUGGGCUUUUAGAAAAACUUCGUGAGAGCAUGAAAGUCAGAAAGGAAGGCACCAAGGAAAACAUAUCACAUGCUGACACAAGAACAACACAAAGAAAGAAGCUAAAAACAACACGAAAUGUAGAGAUAGGAUGGAUUCACAGUGACGGUCACAUUGCCAAACAGGUGAGGGCAAAGCAGGGAGGUGGCACCAGAAAAAUUCAAUUGGCAGUUGAUGCUGGAUUAAAUGACAUCCUUCAAGAAGGAAAGAAACUUUUUUUCCCAGAUGGAAUAUCUCCUAAAGGACCAGAAUCAGAUUUUGAGUUUGAGGUGUGGGACUUCAAACAGAACCACCUUACUGAUGACACACGCCUGUCCAUUGGCACUAUGUAUGAGACUGCAAGGCUCACAAUGUUGCGCUUUUACAUUGCAACAAAGCCAAAAGAUCUUGAAGAUGAUGCCAGCGAGACAUCUGAAGUCAUUCUUGUAUCUGCACACAGUGGCAAUGAAAUCAAUACAGCAGAACUACAAGUGGGAGAGGUCAUGCUUGUUUCUGAAGAAGUCCAGUCUUCUUUAAAUGUGCCUGUGGACUCUGAAAUUACUUUUGGUUCUAAUUACAGCACUGCAGAUGACACAGAGGACACAUUGAUCUAUGAGGGAUUUCUUAUGCCCACCAGUCCAGCUCGUCCAGAGGAUGUGAUUAUUAUCACCAUAUAUCAUGCUAACACUUUUAAUGACAUGAUUACAGCUUUCUCGGAUGAAGAGAUUUUAAACAAAGCACUGCAUGUGAGGCGCAUACUUCCAGACAACAAAGAAGAAGCAGGCAAUGGAUCUGGGGUCUUAAGAGAUGUCCUCAGCUGCUUUUGGCAAGAAUUCUAUUAUCGAUGUACACUUGGUACAACAGUUAAAGUGCCCUUCAUUCGCCACGACUUCCCUGCUGAAAAAUGGAAGGCAGUUGGCAGAAUCCUUGUGAAAGGUUACCAAGAUUGUCAAUAUUUGCCAAACAAACUUGCACUCCCCUUCCUUGAACAGGUGCUUUUCAACAAUGUGUAUAGUGAUCUUAAAGCACAUUUUCUGCAGUUUGUGAGCAGCCAAGAACGUGAGGUUUUGAUGCAGGCAAUGAGUAAUUUCUCUGGAGUUGACUCUGAUGAUCUUGUGGAGGUUCUAGACAGCUAUGGCUGUAGAAGAAUAAUCACAGCGGAGACUCUUCCUACAAUAGUUGAUGAAAUAUCGCACAAAGAACUUGUCCAAAAACCCAUGUUUGUCAUUGACUGCUGGAGGGAGGUCACCCAUCAUCAGCUCUCUCUCAGUCAAGAAGCACUGACAAAGUUGUUCUCUGACCUGCAACCUACCACAAAAAAGGUAUGCAAUCUGCUGAAAUCUGGCACUGAUUUGACUACAAAACAGAAGGAAGUAAUAAAUCAUCUGAAAAGAUUCAUCAGAGAGCUAGAUGAAAUUAAACUUCAGAAAUUCCUGCGGUUCUGCACUGGAUCUGAUCUCAUAGUUACAGACAGCAUCUAUGUGGAAUUUGAAAAAAUGACAGAGUUCACAAGAAGACCAGUUGGGCACACAUGUGGGAAGAUUCUGCAUAUAGCUGACACCUAUGAGAACUUCCCAGAUUUUCGCUCAGAAUUUAAUGCAGUUCUUGAAAGCAAUGUGUGGGUAAUGGACAUUGUUUAGAUUGACAAAACCUAUCCCACAACAAGCCACUGUUAAGUCUUUUCACAUUUGAAGUUUGAACUAAUGCAGGAUUUCAAGGAUAAAAAUGCAAGGAAGUGUGAGGAAUAGACCCUUAAAGUCAGACAUGUUACUCCAGCUGUGCAGAAGGAAGCCCAUCUUUUGCUACAAAAACUAUAUUAUCCCUAGUUUCAUGUGUUUUGGUGGUGCAUUAACAUACCACAACAAACUGUCAUACUGACCAUUACCAAAGCCAGUUUCAUCUCCACCAGACCAAGUUAUCUAACUGUACAACCCAAACCUUGUUGCUGGACAAAAACAUGUUUUGUUUGUUUAAUUGAGGUUAAGGAUUCCAUUCCAACAGCAGCAACAACUGUGUCAUGCUUCAUCACUGCACUCUAAAAACAAACGGUGCUAUAUAGCACCAAAAGUGGUUAUUUGCUCGUAAUCAUAGAAGAACCAUUUUUUGUGCCAUAUAGCACCAGUGAAGCACCUGUGAAGAACCAUAUAGGGGCCAUAAA